AUGGUUUGGAAUUUUCUGCUGCUUCGGCAGCUAGAGGUCUGGUUGACCACCAGGCUCUUGCGAAGCCCUAUCUUCCACCAGAUGGUCGGCCGAGUACAUCAGCGCGUCCAGCAAGUCCGACAUGGUAUCCCGCCAGAACCAUCACGCACCAGACUCGAUAGUGAUCAGGGUCUUGGUUUGAAACGGUUCAUCGAAUAUUUCAAGGAAGAGAUCAAGGACCAAUUGAAAGGAAAACCACCGAACAAAUUGUGA